AUGAAAUUAUUGGCACAAAACCCAAGGGAAAUUUUCUCAACAGUUCUUGGAGAGCAAAAGAAUGAAGAUAGCAAUUUUAUAAUUAAUCAAGAAAAUAGUUCAAGAAUCGCUUAUGAAAAUUCAAAUUCACCUAGAGAUUAUAUAGAAAGAAAAGAAUAUAAAUACUUUGUGCAUCGAUGAAAUUCAAAAAAACAAAUAAAAAUAAAUCUCUUCGAUUUAUCAAAAUCCGAAUAUGAACUCCCGAUACAGCAGCAGUCAAAUUGGCCUCACAUAGUAAUGCAUGAAAUUCCUAAUAGAGGCAUUUUCUGCUUUGAAAACAGAAAAGGCGGACACGUUUUCUUAAUUCAUCAAGAUAAUUCAAUUGAAAAUCUUUCUAACAGGCACAAUCUAUCUGAAGGUUCCAGUGCAAUUUAUCAUAAAGAUUUUAUUUAUUUAUUUGGCGGGAUUAAUAAAAGCAAUCAAGCUUUGGUUUCUGAAAGAUAUAAUUUUAUGAAAAGCAAAUGAGAAAUAAUAAGCUCUCCUUUAGCUUUUCCAUUUAAUAUAUCAGGAUUUGGAAUUAAUCAAAAAAUUAUUUUUCAUGAACAGAAUAGUGGCUUGCUAGGUAUUUAUGAUAUAACAACAGAUUCAUAUAGCGAGCUAUAUUUGCCUCUAGUUUAUGGAGAAUAUAAAGAAUUAUUUAGUAUUUCAUUGUCUGUAUUUUUAUUUGAGGGUAGAUCGAAUUUAUUGGAAACGAAUAUAGAGGGAUUAUAUGAUGGGAGAUGAAAAAUUGUGGGAAAUAUUAGUCCUUGCAUGAGCCUUAUAGGGAGUCCUGUUUAUACAGAUAACUCUAUUUAUUUUUUAUUUUUGAUACCAACUCUUAGCCUCUAUAAAUUUGAUUUUGUUUCAAAAACCGCAAUUAAAGUUAAAGAUUUUAUGAAUAAUUAA